AAAUUUUAGAAAAGAGAAAUGAUGUAAAAAGAAAUUGCUUAAAUCUUACCCUCUUAUUUUGGGCCUCAAAAGCUGAUAAAAUAAAACAGGAGAUUCUGAAACUUCCAUGAUCCUAUGAUUGGCAUGAAUGAGUAUCGAGGAGAAAACAAAAGAUAGAGGGAGAUCUGUUUCAGUUUGAAACUUGAAUCUCUCUUGAAGUUGAGCUUCACUGCUUUACAUAAAAAUCUUCUUUUGUUGUGGGAAUCAAACACAACAUUACAAUUUACACAUAAUACGUAGAUCCAUUCCUUUUUGUCACUGUCAACAGAACCAUCCCUUCAUUCACCACCGCCAGGUAUCAACUUCUUCUCUUCUCGCUUUCCAUUCCUUCAUUCACAAUUUACUCCUGAUAGUGAUGCACCAUCUCAUUGCUUGGUGCUUACGUGCAUAUGCACCCCCUUCACCGACACCAUCCUCUUCAUAACACUAAUCUUAAUCUCCAUUUGGCUCUUGCCCUCUUCUCUUUUUCUCUUUCCAUCUCUCUCUUUUAUCUCAAAGUUUUCGUUUUUAAUUUAUUCUGAUUGAAUCUGUUCAGGGACUUUAUGGGGUAAUUAGUUGCAAUAUGGAUCAGUUUCCUUUUUUUUUGUUCGCCCUCAACUUAACGGUUGAUAAUUGUGUGUGCAUCUUUUCUGAUUCUGAGUCCCAUGGGUUAUGCCAAAAAUGACAAUUUUUUUCCUGUUUUCCUUUUUUUUUUUUUUUAUGUUUUAUACAAUGGGGCAGUAAUGAUAACUUGAAGAGAGAAGCAGAUAUGGACAGUGAUCUUCAAAAGUCUAUAUCUCUACGCCUAAAUCGUAGAGGAGACAGAAGUAAUCAAAGUCCUCAUGCUAAAGAUUUUGAGGUGGGCUUAUUUUCUUCAGGGAGGGUACCCCAAGAUUACCCCAUGAAGAUUGUUUGGAAGAAAGGGUUCGUUCAAUUGGUUCUUGUGGCAGGGAUCUUGUGGAUGCUAUUAAUUCUUAUGGCAUUGUUGUUCCAUAUAUGGUCUUGUCAAACUUCUGUCUCCUUUUUAUCAGGUUUGAAAAUUUUAAUGCAUUUGGUUACUUCUUUUUCUUGGGAAUCUUCUCAAGUUCAUAUCUUGUUGAUAAGUCUUCUAAAUUCUCAUAACUUAAACUCUUUGUCUAACUAUCUAUUCUUAGUGUGAUAUUUUGGGAAUUGGGGUAAAAGGAAAUAAAUAACAUCACCUUGUAUUCUAGCUUGAUCUUUGUAGCUGCACUAUGCCUGUAGAUUUUAGUUGUUUGGUAUUAGAAAACCAACAGGUAAAGAAAGUUUCUUGCCAUUCAUAGAUGAUGACCUUUGCCUGUGGAAUUAGAAGGUAAGGAACUCUCUAAUUUCUAGUUGAAAAUACGAUUAAUAUAAGAUGUCAAGACACAGUAAAUUGAAUUUUGUGCAAUGUUUUAUUGUUAUUUUUUGCUCACUUUUUGAUGGAUGAGAGGGAUCAUUUGUCAAGGGAAGUAGGAUUUUGUUAUAUACUUUCUCUGACUUGUCUUAUAUUUUAUCUAUAUUCGUUUACUUGAAGCAAACUUUGGAAAUACAAAUAUCUACAAUCAAUUGGUGAAUUUAGAUGCAAAUUUGCCUAGGAAGCUAGAAUGAUCACUUGAUGGGAGGUUUUGUUAGGUUAUUAAGAGGCAUGCUUCAAGGAAAGCUAUGUGUAACAAAGAUAGCAAGGUUUACACCAUGUUAGACACGAUGGGACUUGUAUCAAAACCUCACAGAUGUUCAAUUCCUCUUGCCAAUGACCCUGAUAAAAUAGUUGUCCCAACUGGAAGAACUACCGAUGAAAUUGUCAAAAAUAUAUCUUAUGUUAUGGAAGAUGAGGUUCCACAAAAUGGAUCUAAGUCAUCUCCUCUGUUUGGAGGCCAUCAAAGUUGGAAACAGAGGGAGGAAAGUUUCAAACUAAAUUCAAAUAUGAAGGUGCAUUGUGGAUUUAUCCCAGGUGGUGGUGCUGAAAUGGAUCCUGUAGACAUCAUAUAUGUCAAGAGAUGCAAAUUUGUUGUUGCAUCUGGCAUUUUUGAUGGUUAUGAUCUACCUCAUGAACCAUCAAAUAUAAGCCUUCGCUCAACAAAGCUUUUUUGCUUUCUCAUGGUGGUGGAUGAGGUAUCUCUGAAAUUCAUGAGGGAAAAUGGUACUGUGAAAGAAGACAAUGAUGGUGGAAAAUGGGUGGGAAUUUGGCGACUUGUUCUUCUUAAGUAUCCACCUUAUGAUGAACCAAGAAGGAAUGGGAAGGUUCCCAAAAUUUUAACCCACAGGUUGUUCCCUCAAGCACAGUAUAGUAUAUGGAUUGAUGGUAAAAUGGAGCUGAUAGUUGAUCCAUUGCUUAUCCUUGAGAGAUACCUGUGGCGAGGGAAGCAUACAUUUGCCAUUGCUCAACAUAAGCAUCACCGUAGUAUAUAUGAGGAGGCUGAUGCAAACAAGAGACGGAAGCGAUAUGCUCGACCCCUCAUUGACCUCCACAUGAAAAUUUACUAUUAUGAGGGAAUGAAGCCAUGGAAUUCAAAUAAAAAAACUAUCAGUGAUGUGCCAGAGGGAGCCAUUAUCAUUCGUGAACAUACUGCGACAAAUAAUUUAUUUAGCUGCUUGUGGUUCAAUGAGGUUCACCUCUUCACGCCCAGAGAUCAACUGAGUUUUGGUUAUGUUGCAUACAGAUUAGGGGAGUCAUUUAAAUUCUUCAUGUUUCCUAACUGUGAAUACAAUUCACUGUUUGUGUUGCACCCCCACACAAGAGAGCACUCUUCUCCCAUAGAAUGGGUUAAACAGUUGGAUCAACUUCAGAAUAGCAAUCUAAAAGAAAGUAGGGGAGGAUUAGGCUUGUUUACCCCUUAUCCAGGGGAUCUUGAUUCUGUUGUGCUGCCAAAUGUAACAAGAACAUCUAAAGCAGGCUGACAUUUUUGUUUAUUGUUUAACAUAUUCAUUGUGUUAUGUAUUUAUUUAUUUUUACAUGGAUCGCUUCAUGUUGAUUUUCCUUAAUCUUAAUGAAAGUAAAGAUAAAGGUCUUC